GCUCUUAGCAUCCUCGAGAGUACUGAGUAGGGAUGGCAACGAGGCUCCGCGGGCCAGGAACCCCCAGUCCCACGAUUCAUGAGGACGGGGAUCCCCACGGCGAUUUUCGAUGGAGACAGAUUUUGCCCCCUGUCCCUGUUCUCCACCAAAUAUCAAAUUCUAAUCUAAAGAGCAGAUGGCUUUCGGUAGUAGUAGAGCAGAAGGGUUCGUGAGCAGCGGCUAGCAUAGUGAGCAGCAAGCAGCAGCCAGCAGAGUGAGCAACAACAAUGCAGAAGGGUUCGUGAAGAGCAAAAGGGCUCGUAAGUAGCAACAGAGCAGAAGGGUUCGUGGAGAGCAAAAGGACUCAUGAGCAGCAGCAGAGCAGAGCAGAUUUGUGAGCAACAGCAGAGCAGAGCAGAUUCGUGAGCAGUAGCAAGCAAAAGGGUUUGUGAAGCGUAGAUUGUGAAUAGCAGCAGAGCAAAAGGGUUCAUGAAGAGUAGAGCAGAUUCGCAAGCAACAAACCAGAGGCAGAAAUUGAGAUCUGAGAAGGGAUGAGGAACCCCGCGAGGCCUCACGUGGUAGAAAAAAUUUCUCGUGAAAUUUCGUUGGGUGAAAAUAUCUCCCAUCCCGUGGUGGGGUCCCCGCGAGGAUCGGGGAUAUUGCCACAACUAGUACCAACGGAGACAAGGGGUUCUGGAUUCUUGUGCCAGUGUGGAAAAUUAAGCACUAGGAAAUAAAGAUAUAUGGAGAUCGUAAUCAUGUUACCUGGUUCUUUGCCUCCACACUUUUGGCAGACUUCAUUUUACUUGCAUAGAUACUGCAACAAGCAUAAAUAAGUCGUGAUUUCUAGACAUUAUUAUUUUAAGAAAUAGGGUUUUUUUAUGAUUAUCAAUUUCUAAAUUCAUUCAAGUAGAAGGAAAGAGAGUAUCUUUUUGUACAAGAAUAGCAAAUUUUCAAGCAAAUGUUCUAGAAAAAAACAGACAAAUCUGUAAUUGCAACAGCCAUUACCGUGGACUUUUAGCUUGAUCACGCUCCUCAUUUUCAUUAUUUGGGUAAUGGUUCCUCUCAAACCUCUUUGAUCCACUUUUGAUUACUUUUCGUCUCCCGCUUGUCACUACUGCCAACUAUAUCCUUCUUCUUCAUCACUAUCAAAUCUUUUACCUCGCUUUCUUCCCUUUUAUCAUCAACAUCUACUCAUUAGGAACUUUGUUCUCUUCCAUGCACCGUCACUUCCCUCAGGAUUAGGUUCCACAUCACACAACUCACCAUCACUUUCUACUUCUUCUUCCCCAUACCCUAUGCUUCCCCUCCACCCUUAGCUUCAUCCUGUAUAUAAAAUAAUAUAACCCUAAGCUCUAACAAGGUUAAAAUUCUUAGAAAUUAAUCUUUCCUUGAUGAAUUACAAUACUCUUUCUUGUCUCCAUUCUUUCAUAUAUGCAACAAAGAACAUAGAAGUAAAACUUAAAGCAGGAUCAACAUGUCUAAAUCACUGUGCUUGCCAAAACCAAGGCAAUUACAUAGUGAAAAUUUUGGACUAAGUAUCAGUUAUUGCAUUAUUGGCUUAUAAACUGUCAUAUCAUGAGAAAAACCUUAUCAGAAUUGAAAAAGAAAUCAAUAAGUAAUUC